CUCUUUAUAUGUCAAAUGUCAGAGAAGGUAGAAUAAUUUGAUAGGUUUAUUUUGUGUGAUUUUGCUAACAAUAAUAUUUACGUUAAAAUAUGACCAGAAGAAGAUUUAGAGCCAAUUUUAUGGUCAUCGUGACUUUCCUCGGUGCAGUGGUUCAAAGUUAUCCCAUCAGAGAGUUGAUCAGUAACAGCAAUACAAAUAAGAACACGAAUAACAAUUCCAACAACAAAUGGUUGCGGAGAGACGAGGUGCGCCUGCCCAACGGCACAGUAGUCGGCAAGUACAUGUACUACGACAAAGAUGGCGCUGCUGUGGAUGUUAAAUAUUACGCUGAUGAUGUCGGCUAUGGUAUUGAGCUGAAAAGCAUAAAAGUAUCCGGUGUACGGCCAGGUGAUGCUCCAGCGCUACCGACACCGCUCCCACCCGGCGCCCAGGCCAGCUACUUGAACCAACCCAACAGUGUCUUCCCAACCUUAGUGGAGAUACCUAAUCCAUACGACAUGCUCGGUUUUGAAAGUAUCUUCAACUCUACACAGUCUACUCCAGACACUCCUGAAGAAGAAGACAAAGAAAUUGGAUAUGAUAAAAGCAAAAGGGCCUUCUACAAAAAACAUGGACAUACACCUGAAUACGACGUGUAUGUUCAAAAGUCUCUGCCAGGCCACGAGAAAUAUAGCAAAGCCAAGGUUUACCAAAAUAAGAAUGAGAGAAAACGGCAUAUUAUGGCAAAGAAUCCUAAACAUUUCGAACCAGACUGCAAUUUAAUUUGAUAAGAUUUAUUUUGUAUUUUAAUGUACUUUAUUAGUCUAAAAUAUUAAUUAUAAUUUGUAACUGACA